GCCAAAUUUGGCCGAAGUUCCUCCCCCACCUUAACAGUUUCCGCUUCCGGAUGUUUUCGAGCAGAGAGAAUGAGCCAAGAUGGCGGAGCCUUCCAGAGAUCCUCCGUCCGCUCUGAGCGCUGACUUCAUGAGCUUCUCCCCCGGAGACACCGCCUCGCGCUGGCUGGCGUGUGCCGACCUGCAGCAGGAGGUGUACCGCCACCUGGCUGAGUACGUGCCCCGCGUCCUGUGCCAGGGGGGCGGUGUGGCGGAGCAGCGGGAGGAGCAGCGGGAGGAGCUGGCCCUCCAGCUGCUGCUCCUCGCCCCCCUGGAGUGGCUCCUGCUGGGGGGGGAGCCGGCGGCUGGCCUGGCGCUGCUGCAGCAGGGCGGGGGGGCGGCGGCGCUCUGUGGACACGUCUUCAAGGUGGGGGAGCCCACCUACUCCUGCAGGGAGUGUGCGGCCGACCCGACCUGUGUUCUGUGCAUGCAGUGCUUCCUGGCCAGCGCCCACUGCCACCAUCGCUACCGGGUGAGUCCAACCAGAACCAGAACCAUUAGAACCCGGCUGACCGGACCUCUCUGUCCCCAGAUGACCACGUCAGGAGGCGGAGGCUUCUGCGACUGUGGAGACGCCGAGGCCUGGAAGACCGGUCCGUCCUGCCAGAACCACACGCCUGCCAACCGGAACCGGGAGACCGAGGAGGACCCGGUCUCUCUGCUGCCCCCUGCUGUGGAGGAAAGGAGCUACAGCAUCUUCUCCAUCAUCCUGCAGUACGCCGUCGACCUGCUGACCUGGGAGCAGGAGGACCAGCUGCCUGCAGGCCUGGAGCCGCCGCAGCGGAGCGACAGCUACUACUGCAUGCUGUUUAAUGAUGAAGCCCACACCUACGAGCAGGUCAUCUACACGCUGCAGAAAGCCGUCAGCUGCAGCCAGAAGGAAGCCGUCAGCUUCGCCACCACCGUGGACAGAGACGGCAGGAAGUCGGUCCGGUUCGGGGACCAUCAGUUCUGUGAACAGGCGAAGGCCGUCAUUGUGAGGAGCACCAGCCGGCAGUCCAAGCCCCUGCGGGUCCAGGUGAUGCACUCGGCGCUGGUUGCUCAUCAGUGCUUUGCUCUGAAGGCGCUCAGCUGGCUGGGCCAGAUCAUCCAGUACUCUGAUGGCCUGAGGCGGGUCCUGUGCCAGGUGGGGCUGCGACCCGGUCCGGAGGGCGAGAACUCCUCACUGGUGGACCGCUUGAUGCUCAACGACUCCAAGAUGUGGAAAGGAGCUCGGAACGUUUACCACCAGCUGCUCAUGAACAGCCUGCUGAUGGACCGCAAGUUCAAGAAGCUGUUCGCCAUCCGGUUUGCCAAGAACUACAGACGGCUGCAGACAGAUUUCAUGGAGGACGACCACGACCGCUUGGUGUCGGUGACGGCGCUGUCGGUGCAGCUGUUCACCGUGCCGACCGUGAACUAUGAGCGCUUGCAGAGCGACUUCAUCAGAGACGACCACGACCGGCAGUUCUCCGUCACUGACCUGUCGGUGCAGAUCUUCACUGUUCCCUCGCUGGCCCGGAUGCUGAUGGUGGAGGAGAACCUGAUGAUGACCAUCAUCAGAACCUUUGUGGAUCAGCUUCGCCACCGCGACGCUCAGGGCCGCUUCCAGUUCGACCGCUACACCGCCCAGCAGGCCUUCAAGUUCGGCCGGGUCCAGAGCCUCAUCGGAGACCUGAAGUACGUCCUGAUCUCCCCGCCCCCACAGUGGAGCCAGCAGCUCAGAACCAAGUUCCUGGACGGCUUCGAAGCCUUCCUGGACCUGCUCAGGUGCAUGCAGGGCAUGGACCCGGUGGUGAGACAGGUGGGCCAACACAUCGAGAUGGAGCCGGAGUGGGAGGCGGCCUUCACCCUGCAGAUGAAGCUGACGCACAUCAUCACCAUGAUGCAGGAGUGGUGCAGCACUGACGAGCACAUUCUGAUCGAGGCGUAUAAGAAGUGUCUGAGCGCGCUCAGUCAGUGCCAGAGCGACCUGCCGGAUGGCGAGCAGCCAAUCAGCUUGAGCCUGGCGGGUCACGCCGUGGACACCUUCAGGUACCAGGUGUCCCAGGAGAAGGUGUCCAUCCACCUGCCUGUAUGCAGGCUGCUAGCAGGACUCCAUGUUCUCCUCAGCAGGACCGAGGUGGCGUCACGACUCCCCGAACAGCUGCCCCUGGGGGAGCUCAGCCCUCACCUGCUGAUAGAGCUGCCUCUGCGCUGCCUGGUGCUCUGUGCACAGGUGCAUGCUGGGAUGUGGAGGAGGAAUGGCUUCUCUCUGAUCAACCAGAUCUACUACUAUCACAACGUCAAGUGCAGAGUGGAGAUGUUCGACAAGGACCUGGCCAUGCUGCAGGUCGGCGCCUCCAUGAUGGAUCCGAAUCACUUCCUGAUGAUUGUUCUGAGCCGCUUCGAACUCUUCCACACCUUCAGCGCCGCCGACCUGCGGAGGAGAUACAGGGAGACCAACAAGGACCUGGCCCAACAGAACACGCUGAUAGAGGAGAUGCUGCAUCUCGUCAUCAUGGUGGUAGGUGAGCGCUACGUUCCGGGUGUCGGCCAGGUGGAACCGCUGGAUGAGGUCAGGAGGGAGAUCCUCCACCAGCUGUGCAUCAGACCCAUGGCUCACAGCGAGCUGGUCAAGAGUCUGCCUGAGAACGGCAACAAAGAGACGGGUCUGGAGAGAGUCAUUGACAGCAUUGCAUCAUUCAGGAAGCCAGGUGUGACGGGGCGGGGCCUGUAUGAGCUGCGUCCUGAGUGGUCCAGACACUUCGACCUCUACUUCCAUCACUACAGCCGGGCGGAUCAGUCCAAGGCAGAGGAGGCUCAGAGGAAGCUGAGGAGACAGAACGGCGAGGACACAGCCCUGCCCCCGCCCCGGCCGCCCCCCCUCUGCCCGCCGUUCGCCAGCCUGGUCAACCUGCUGCAGAGCGACGUGCUGCUGGCACUAGAGGGCGCCGUGCUGCAGUGGGCAGGAGAGCCCAGCGGAGGAGGCUGGACCGAGUCCAUGCUGCAGAGGGUGCUGCACCUGGUUGCCAUGGCGCUGCUGGAGGAGCAGCAGCAGCUGGAGAGCAGCGGCGGAGACGAAGACGUCUCCUUUACCUUCAGCAGCAAGAUCACACGUCCAGGUGAGGCUCCCAGCACCUCUGGAAGCGUCCUGGCUCUGCUGGAGAACCUGCAGAGCGCCCCUCACCUGGAGGUCCACAAGGACAUGAUCACCUGGAUCCUCAAGAUGGUGGGAAACAUCAAAACCACGAGGGAGCGAACGUAUGGCUCCAGCGUCAGCGUCAGCCAUGGCCGCCGCCCAGAGGAGACGGUGAGGGACAAGGACAAGGCGGAGAGGAAGCGGAAGGCGGAGAUGGCGCGGCUCCGCAGGGAGAAGGUCAUGGCCCAGAUGUCUGAGAUGCAGAAACAUUUCAUCAACGAGAACAAGGAGCUGUUCCAGCAGAGCAUGGAGGAGCUGGAGGCGGCCGCCGCCACCGCCGAGCACAGUCCUCCCAGUUCGGAGCCCACCUGUGCCGCUCAGAUCUGCGUGGGCCCCAGGCGGGUGGGCGGGGCCGAGCGCCGCCAGCUGGUCACCUGCAUCCUGUGUCAAGAGGAGCAGGAGGUCAGAGGUCACGGCAGAGCCAUGGUGCUGGCAGCCUUCAUCCAGAGAUCCACCGUGCUGUCCAAGAACCGCAGUCGCUGCGUCCCCGACCCAGAACGCCUCGACCCGCUCUUCGUGCACCCUGACCUCUCGGUGGGCGUCCACACCGCCAGCUGCGGACACAUCAUGCACGCCACCUGCUGGCAGAGGUACUUUGAGGCGGUGCAGCAGAAGGAGCAGAGGCGGCAGCAGCGGCUCAGAGGUCACACCAGCUACGACGUGGAGAACGGGGAGUUCCUGUGUCCGCUGUGUGAAUGUCUGAGCAACACCGUCAUCCCCCUGCUGCCUCACGCCUGCUCACCUGACCGCAGCGUGGAGCAUUUGUGUCUGGAGACCUGGCUGAAGAGAACCAAUCAGCAAGCAGCAGCACUAGACUCCACCCACAGGAAGCAGUCAUACGGUGCGGCCCAGCAGGCGGAGCCAGCGGUUCCUGACGGGUUCGGGGUCGGCUUUGUUCCACACGAUGUCACUUCCUCCCUCAGGAAUCCGUUCUCCAGCGGCGUUGGUGAGAUGAUCAACACCUUCAGCAUGUCGGCCUACAAGGUCGGCCUCAAGGUCAACCCCAACGAGCAGGACCCCCGAGUCCCGGUGCUGAGCUGGUCCACCUGCGCCUACACCAUGCAGAGCAUAGAGCGCCUCCUGAUGGAUGAGAAGAAGCCGUUGUUUGGAAGCUUACCUUGUCGACAGAAUGACUGUCUGAGUUCUCUGACCCGGUUCAGUUCAGCCUGCUGGACCGCUGCUCCAAUCAGAACCGUUCAGAACCAUUUCAUCAGGCUGCUGUCAGUUCUGGUUCUGGUUCCGGACUCCCAGCUGGAGGACCCUCCCUGCAUCCUGGAUGUGGACAUGUUCCACCUGCUGGUGUACAGCGUCUUGUCCUCCAGCUCCCUGCACAGUCUGGACCAAUCAGGACGAAGCUCUGUGGAUUCAGCUCACCUUCACCUGCUUCACCUGGUCACUGUGGCUCACCUGGUUCAGGUUCUGCUCACCUUCACAGCCGGUGAGCCGAGUAUGGAUCAGGACGGCGAGGAGUCGGAGGAGGAGCGACUCACCUGUCAGCUGUACGGCAGGCUGAGGGAUCACCUGGGCAGGUGUUUACCUGACGUGUCCUCUGGGUGGCGCCUGUGGAGGUGUGUCAGAGCCGGCGUCCUGCCCUUCCUCCGGACCGCAGCCCUCUUCUUCCACUACAUGAACUCUGCGUCGCCCCCUGCUGACCUGUUGGGUACUGGACCUGGCCAGUGGGAGGCGCUGUGUAGCUACCUCAGUCUUCCCUCCAACCUGCUGCUGCUGUACCAGAACCACCGCACACUGCUGGAGCCGCUCAUCCACAGGUGGUGCUGCCAUCCAGGUGUGGGCCAGGUGCUCCGUGGGGGCGGAGUCUUGGUGCGGUUCCCCAGAGAGUCCAACAGGUUGAUCGAUCUGCCAGAGGACUACAGCAUCCUGAUCAACCAGGCCUCCAGCUUCACGUGUCCGCGGUCCGGUGGGGAUAAGUCUCGCGCCCCCACGCUGUGCCUGGUGUGCGGCUGCAUGCUGUGCUCUCAGAGCUACUGCUGCCAGACGGAGGUGGAGGGAGAGGACGUUGGAGCCUGCACUGCCCACACCUUCACCUGUGGAGCGGGCAUCGGCCUCUUCCUCAGGGUCAGGGAGAGCCAGGUGUUGUUCGUCGCAGGUAAAACUAAGGGCUGCUUCUAUCCCCCGCCGUACCUGGACGACUAUGGAGAAACCGACCCUGGUCUCAAGCGGGGGACCCAUCCACCGCAGGGCUGUUUCACAAAACCAGGGCAGCAGAUGAACCGGCCGGCCGGAGUUCAUGCUGGAGCCUUAUCAUGCCGAUCAGGAGCCAAUAAGUUUUAUUACUGAUUCCCUUUUCUUAUUUCUGUUUGGUCUUUUUUAUCACCCUGCAUUAAAAUAUCACCAAUUAAUUUUGCUCUUGAUUCAAGUAGUAUCAUUUUAAACACAAUUGAUUUUAAAAUGGCCCUUAUUUACCGUUACUAUUCUAUAGUGUUUCUGGAGGCCUUUAAUAGACCAUUGGUCAUAAAGUGGUAAAGGUAUGUAAUGAGGUGGAGCCGUAUUAGUUGUUCAUACUUUUGCUUCAGUUCGUCUCCAAUAGAGGCGUGUUUGAUAGACAGGCCUCCGGCCACUAGGGGGCAGCAGGGUUCAAACUGAUCCACACUUUGUUUUAGAACAAUAAAACAGGUGUUUUGAUAAUCAGGUGCAGAGCCACAGAUAAGUUAUUAGUAAUGACUGGGUUGGCACCAGUAUUUAAAGGGGAACCACUGGAUUAGAUUAAAGUUGUAAAUUUGAGCAAAUGACGGGAGGAUUAUGUUUGUUUUUAUUAAACAAACAUUUGGAAAUGUAAAUACGCAUUCAGUCAAUCUGCUAUUGUUUAUUUCCUUUAACUCAUCAAUAAUCGAUAAGAGUUUUGGUUUGGUGUGAGGAACGUAGCGUAGCAUCAGUGAAUCUGUGAUCGACCUCAUUGGUCUGCUGGUUUGUUCUGAACGGAUGAAACCAGGAUGGAGCCGAGUCGGGAUUAUCUGAUUAUUGAUUGGUU